ACGAUUGUCUUCCCUCUGCGUCCUGAUUGGCUGCCCGGGCUGCCCGUCACAGAGCUCAGGUUUUAGGGAUGUGCUUUCAGAGCAGAUUAUGAAGCAGACCUCAUCCCUGGCAGUCUCGUCAGAUUGUCUCAAUGGCUAAACACAAGCUUUUCCUGCUUUUUUCGUUGUUACUGUGUGUGUUUGUCUCUCUGUGUUUGCCCUUCGAUCAAGUGCCUGCGAUCCUGGACAGGAGCUCGGAGGUCCCACCAUAUCAAGCUGUGAGAAUUAGAACAGAAAGAGAACAAGUUGAGAGUCCAAGUGCCUCACACGAGGAGAGCUAUUCGCCUGCAGCUGAAAAUCCACUCCGAAGAAUACUGCAGCCUUACGGGUGGCAUCUGCAUGCCCAGCCCAGAACCAAGCGGAAGUUACUUCAGUCUACCAGCUCGGGACCUUAUUCCCCACUCACAGUGGCUUACAAUGGAAAGAUAUGCAUCCUUUUCAAAGCUAAGAGACUGGCUAUUCGAUACAGGAACAACACUUUCCUGGACCUCACAGAGAGAGUGUUUGGACCCAAUGCACUAGUUGACACCAAAGGCUCCGUCUGUACCAAGGAGAAGGCCACGUUAUCUUUGCGUUUGGGCGAUGUGGAGGACAUCAAGGGACUUAUAAUCAGGCUUCAGAUGUCCAACACGUUUUAUGAAUCGGUAAACCAAAACUGGUUCACUCUGGACAGCGUUCAUAUCCACUACAACUGGACUCACGAGGCCACGUUCAAUGCAACAGAGGUCUAUGCCCCCGCCACCUAUUCUUACCACUGCCAGCAUGUCAGCAGCUUACAGAAAUAUGACACCCUACUGGUGCCCAGCUCGCACACUGACAGCUCGGCAAACUGGCACAUCACUUUCACUGAUUUUCAGAUCCAAGCCUUUAACGUCCAGUCCAACAAAUUUGCUUCAGCUAGCGACUGUGCGACCUUCUUCACUCCAGCUAUCUUAAUGGGCCUGAUCACCUCUCUGAUUCUGCUGCUGGUGUUGGCCUACGCCCUGCACAUGGUUGUCCAUCUCAAGCACAUUGACCGCUAUGAAGAGCACAAGACCACCGUCUACUUCCCCCGCACCCCCGAAGCUGAGCUCCCGGACAAGAACAGCGUGUAACCGGUGUCACGCUGUUAAACCAGCUGCGGGUCAGUCUUGCAAAAAACUGGUGUGGACUAGCGACAGAAGGAUUGCUAUUUCUGAUUCUGGUCUGCCGCAUUGUCUUCUUGGUCUUUCUCCUGCCUGGUACUCUCAAUGAACGUCUUAACGUGCUGUAACUUCUUACAGUGGAUAGAAUGAGGUCACCUGAUGGUCAGGUCUUUAAACCCAGGCCGGAUCCAAAACUGUGGCACAUCACGGCUCUCCAGGAGCAGGACUGGGAAACCUAUGGAAUGAAACGUUGUGAGAUUGCCUUUUAAUAGACCACCAUUCUGGAGGACUUUUCAAAGCACUUCACUGGUUGGAUACUGAAGUACUGUGGUUAGAAAUAUUGAAUUGACUCAAAGAUGACAGAAAUGACUGUGGUCUGAAUAUGAAAGUCUUUUUUUACAGUACUUCAAAAAUCACCAUAUCAUUCAUCUGUAAUGGAGUUGUUGGAGUCUAUGGGGAUCUGCCAAUUACUAGAACUGUUUUAUGACUGCCAAAGUGGUGCAAAACUAUUUGUGAGCCUUGUCGCAUAACUGACAGUAAUAAUGUGAAUACGAAAAGUACAACACAAACCGUAAAGUGUACAGUGCUGAAUAUUCUGCUGUAUUAAAUUGAAGUGUUCCAGGACUAUUCGACGUAGAUUCAAGAACUCGAUAAUUAUACUCAUUGGCUUAAAAUGAUCGUCUAGAUAUUCAUAUAGAUCUGCUGUUUUAGUAAUUACCAAACUUUCAGUAUAAUGCACCUUUGAAAGCUCUAAAUAUUAAAAAGCGCGUAUAAUAUUUAGCAAGUAAAGAAACUUUUUUUAAGCUUCAGGAGUAUGUGAUAUAUUGCACAGAAAGUUUUUAUAUGAACUCAUAAUUGCUAGAUCUAUAUACAGUCCCUUUUCAGGUGGAACAUAUUAGGAUGGAUAGAUAAAUUUAGCACCACUUGAGAAUUUAUAGUACAGACAGUAUAGUGAUGCUGAAAGAAUGCUGUACAAUUAUUCAUAUAAAUGUUAAAUACCCUCAGUAUCAUAAUCGGUAUACUGUACCUCUGUAUUUACAAUAAUAACAUCAGUUACUCAUUAUCACAAUAACCUGCAGCAUGUCUAGAGAAAAAAACCUCUACCAUGGCACGCUUGAUACUGGAGGUAAAUGUGUGUUUUCAUUUGGAUUGAAUGAUGAUGGUGUUCACACUGAAUUGCACAAGAAGGUUUCCUGAGUUAGUUGUCUGAACAAUAAACAGAGUCAGAUCAAAA